AUGAUGCCUACUUGGGGAAAGUGUGCCUAUCACCUGGUGGCUGUCAUGACCGUGCUGAGCUUCGUGGUUCUUCAGGGGGCCCAGGCCGGAGUGGUGGAGGAUUUUAACCAUGCAGAGCGCUGCAAGGACUCUCUGUACAUGGGCACCCCACCCCGAGGCUACCUCAGCUACUCUUUCAAGAAGAUCUGCCAGAAGUAUGAGGAUAAACCCCGCUACGUCACCCUGUACGACUCUCACAAACACAUCCCUAUCUACUCUGCCUACACCUUCAAGAAGUCAGACGGGGAGAAGACGGUGGACUUUCCUUGGAUGUUUGAGCCACAGCUGGCAUCAGAGAAGAGCAGCAGUAACAUGGAGCCCUUCCCCCAGUCUGCAAGCAUGCACAUGAACUUUGAGGACACUCAGGCAGUCCUGGAGGACUACGCUGAUGUGGUUCAGUAUGAACGUGGCCAGCUAAACCCUGACGAGCAUCAGUCUGACCCUCUGGACAAAGCUUCCACCUACAGUUUGACGAACGUGGUUCCCCAGAUUAGAGAGUUUAACAUGGGCCCCUGGGCAGAACACCAGGACAUCAUCCGCAAACGUCUCAACAAUUAUUGCCGUGGCAAAGCCUUUGUGGUCACUGGAGUCACCACCUCCGGGCACACAAUUCGCCGCAACAACCUUGACCGGGUGGCGGUACCGGAGUACAUGUGGUCGGCCUACUGCUGCACCGAGUUUGACCAAAAUGCACCAUACUUUGUCCGCUACAAGUUCCCUGUGUUUGGAGCUUAUGGGUUAAAUGAUCGAGUCAACAAUCAGAUGGUGGAAGUUCCUCUCAAGAACCUGGAAAAGUUUCUCAAAGGGAGGAUGAAUGUGGAUAAGAAUUUUCAGAUUUUUUACAAUGAUUGUGUGCCAGACAACUGA